AUGUCACCAGAUACCGUCUCGUCGCUAUUCCCAGACCGACCGAUUCGGCCGUUGCCGAAGCGUCGACUUCGAGAGAGACUCUCCCCCGAGGUUGCGGGUUCGAUCAAGUACCCCAUCUCAACACACGAAAACGCCCCUCUCUUCUACUACCCUCCAUACACUCUGAAAGAUGAGGGAAGCCCACCAAGACCCGGCUCUACGAGCCCUGUGGAGCAAGUGCGCCGAAACGAACCAGGGCGUAAUUAUACACCCCGGCGGAACGGCGUAGGUCUCUCAGACGCCGACGAGGACGAGACUGCGUUGCGAAGCACCUUGGUGACGAGAUCCCCCCCAGAAAUCCUAUCUCGUGCGGCUCGUCGUCCAUCAAGAUCAGACCAAGCACGUCACCCAAAUCCUCAACCUCCUCCAUCAACAACGUCAUCUGUCGACGGCUACGAUUCAUUUGAGAACACCAACAAUAAGAAGAAGCGAAAGAUACCCUCCGCUGGGGAUCCCACUCUCAAUGGCACACAUGCGCUGAACAACGAGAUCAGCUCUCUGGCAAUAUCGUCCGGACCACAGUCCCCAGGAAGCGAAGUGAAUGGGGACAGGCCGUAUUCCCAAACCGCGGGGUAUCCAGGUUCGGGGACUUUUAUGACCAACAACCAAGGGAUAUCGGGACCGGGUAGGGGAAGACUUGGGCGGUCUCGAAAUGGGAGAAGUCCCUUACGGGCGCUCUCAGAUGGCAACAACGCAUGGGCUGGUCGGACAUCCAAAACUGCCCCACCACAGUGGGCGUCCCCUGAGCACGAAGGCACUGGUAUCAUUUCUAACGCCAUCGCCAACGCCGAGAAGCUACGUCCCCAGGGUCAAGAGAACGUCAGUCUCCUACAGCAACAUUCAUCUGCCGAAAAGGCGACGCCCGCGUCGACCCAGUUUACUUUCACCUGCGACUCGCAGGUUCCUGGCACUGUCCAGUGGCCAGGUCAUUCAGCGAAGCACAGCAUGGGCACUCAGACAUCGUCAAAUGCGCCCCCAGGCGUUAAUGGCAACAAUGUGCUCCACGAUGGCUCAUCUAAGGCUGCUAGUGGCGGCUCUGGUAACUCACGCCGGAGAGAACGCCGUCGAUUAGACAAGGAGCUCAAUAUGGCUGCCCGACACCGCCGAGAGCUCGCCGCCAACACGUACUUCCAAAGCCCUGUAAAGAUGACAGACAUCUGGAUCUGCGAGUUUUGUGAGUACGAGCGAAUUUUUGGCGAACCACCAAGAGCUCUUAUCCGAGACUACGAAAUCAAAGAUCGUCGCCACCGACAGGAAGAGGCCGAUCGCAAGCGUUUGCUUGAGAAAGCCAAGGCCAAGAGCAGAAAGGGGAGAAAGAAUGGUAAGGCCCCAGCUAAGGGCGGCCAGGCCUCCCAAACCCCAGCUCAGGACCAGCCCGACUCUUUGGGUGAGGCGGAAGCUCCCCCAAUGGACCCCGGCAACAGUCAUUCGACGCAAUCGGAGGAGGAAGACUACGUGGACGAAUUCGACGAUCAGUAUCCGGACCCGCCACCAGACCUCCCCCCAGGGAUAGACGACAGCGGUGGGGAACGCUUACCACCAGCAGUCAAGACCUAG